AAUAGCAGCUUCGCUGGCAGAUACGGUAGAUCCACAAGAUGCCCGACUCUGGACUCCGGACUGGACGAUGGCCGUCGAUGGCAAUGUGGUUGCUCGUGGCAUGGAGGUGAUGCGGGUGACAUGGACUCGACUCGAGUACCAGGUAACCAUACUGUACCGCUACCAGGUAGGAGCUUCCCUCGGUUUGCUGUCCCUUCUGCGGUUGAGUCUGAACCUCUUGUUACUAAUGGAUUGCUCCUCUGGAAGCCAUUGAAGCGCAACUAUUAAUACCGUACUCAUGAUGACGGAUUCCAAUACUAACAAUAAUAAUGAAGUACGGCAACUGCUACAAGGUCUGUUGCGGACACUCCGUCAACCCGACUUGGACAGCACUCGGGACGCCAAGACACGGUUGGCACAAUCCGUGACCGAAGGAUCUUUGACACCCUUUCAGAUCCACCAAGAGUUGUUGGCCCAAGCCGUACAAAGUAUCCCUGUAAACGGAUAUAUUAUGGGAACUGCCACGGAAGGCUUUGUCUCCACGGGCCCUCCCGCGGGUCCUGGCACCUUGUCAGUUCCCGACGCGAUAGUGCAGAUUGUCGCACAAGGAAUCGACACUGUAGUACCAGGGAUUGAGUGGACGGAAUUGUCCUCGGACGAUUUGACCACCAUGGCACCACUCUAUGCAUUGGUAUUGGCAGCCUACCGCCGUGCCGAUGAUAUGCGAUCAUUCCUGGAAACACUACUGGUGCUGCAAGACGACAACCACCCAAAUUUGUUGUUGACGGAACUGGUAGAUGGCAAUCAUGACCGACUGGGUUCCCCACUUCGAUUGGCGGCUCGAGUAGGAGCCAAGCAAUGCGUCGAGCUGUUGCUGCAACUGGGUCAUGCCAAUCCCAAUCAACGCCAUGGUCCCAGCUAUGCCCAUUACACCACUUCCAUUUUGGUGGCAGUCUUGCAAGUACUGCAGCAUGACCUGGUGAAUCCUACUCAAGCCGUAGGAGCAGCAGAACCCGUCGAUUAUCCAGGUGUCAUGACGGCUCUUUUGAAAGGAGGGGCUCAAGUGCAUCUCGUUGAAGCACAACAGGCCAUGCAAAUUCCAAACAACCAUAGAGCCAUACUGGAGCAAUUGCUACAAGCCGGUUUGGAAAACGAAACACUGACUCUGGAUGAUGACUUGGUCGCUUUGGCACCUACGGCCAUUUUCAUGGACGCCAAGGAACAAAAGGAAGAAUCGUCCAGUACUACGCAAGUGUCUCGAUUGGCAUUGUUGUUGCCUCAUGGUGUGGAUCCCAAUGAAACCAUUGCCGAUCUGGUCGUGCCAUGGACAACAUCUGGAGGAGAAUCACCAGAAAAAGUCACGAGCCUUCUCGAAAUUGCCAUUCAGGCCAAUGAUGUACGGGGACUCCAAGCCUUGUUGGAAACGGGUGCUUCGCUCCUGGACAGUGGUGUGUUGGAUAGAGUUUUGACCACAGCCUUGUCCGAAGCCAUGCUGUAUGCAUUGGACAAUGCCUUGGAAUUGGAACUUUCCAACAAAGUUACAAAACAGCAGGUACUACAAAUUAGUCCUCCUACUCUGUCCAUUCAUUCUGGAAUGGCUUGGGUAGGCAAUGUCCCUGACUUUCAAACAUAUAUUCGGAACAAAAUAAAUCCACCCAAAUAUCCCAAACUGGACGAUCAAUUCUUGGCGGCUCGAAAGAAACGAGAAGCAUUGAGGGCGUCUCGCACCAACGACAAGGUCGAAUUUCCAGAUUUGCCCGCGCAAACGGGGGAUUGGAUUGUCGUGACGCCGUUGCCCACUCUGCAAUUGGUCUUUCAUGUCGAUUGUCCGGAAGACUACCUACUGGGGGCCAUUACUGGGGCCAUGUAUGGAGGGUUCACCGACGGCGCGUGGAAUCCACUGAUGCCGCCCGAAAAAGAAAUGUACUUUACUGGACGCAUGACAUUUUCGGAAGAAGACCCUCGUCAUGUCACUUGGUUUAUGGAUGCUGUUCCUGUAGAUGAUGGCAGUUCUGCGGAUGAUACGUCUCCUGUCGUUGAAGCAAUGAAGGAUGUGGCCGUUCCCGAUGCUAGCGUGCUGGAGAGAUUGCAGUCAGUGUCUCUGGUGGGAACGUGGCAAAGCAACAACGACAAUCCGCAACAAACUGCCGCCAUGUGGACAUGCCGACAAGAGUACCGCUAUGGAAUCAUGGCAGGCUCGCAAGCCUUUAUCAGUAUUGGAUACGAAGCUAUGGAUUUGCCUGCCGAAAAAGUUGCAACUGUGUUGGAUACCGUGCUGAGAGCGAAACAUCAUUAUCACCACCCAGACGCAUCAGCCGCGCCAUUCUUCCAUCGGACACGGUUCAGUACCAGUCAUGCGGAUUAUGUAGCGCAGGUCCCAAAGAAACGUACUCCGGCUGAAAUCUUUGAACAUAAUGUGACAAACGGGGCAAAGUACACUGGAUUGGACGAUUGGUGGGGUGAAAUCCCGCCAAAGGAAGAAACGCGGCGGUUCUCACCCGAUGAUCGAAUCUACAAUCCGGAAACCAUCAACGCCAUGUUGCAGCACAAGUUCAACGUGUCCAUGGCUCGGGGACUUGAAGAAGACGUUACACUGCUGAUUGAUGAACUAGUGAUGAUGUUUCUCCACACGAUGAUCGUCCCAGGGGUGGUCAAGAUUGCGAAGGACGCCGCAGGAGAAAUCACAGUGGACACUUUGUCCAACCAGUUGGCAGACGAAGGUUUUUCUAACGACAAAAGCAAGGAUGGUAUCAAUUACCAUUGCUUCAAGCGGUUGACAAAGCUGGACGAGGAAGCCAACGAAGGCAGCCAGCAAGGCGAGUCGGCUUCCCCUCCAGACGAUUGCCUUGCCCCAGAGAACGCUGCUGCACUAAAAGAUCGCAUUGGGGUGUUUCUGAAGAAACACGUCUUGACCGCUGAACAAAGCAUCGAGAACAGCAGAGCCAUGCCACUGAUCACCGAGGCCGACUUUCUGGAGAGAAUCCUCUCGGUCUGCCAGUUCUUGGUCCAUGAAGUUUUGGAGCUGUCCAACAACGGCCGACGGGAUAGUAACUUACCGUCCAUUGUUCCCAGGCACGUUCGAUCGAGCGUAUCGGGAGACACGGAGUUGGAGGAAGCUUUCAGUUCCAACCUCGUGAUGGAGUUCUACUAUCCGGCACAUCAGAAACAAGAUGAAGAGUAA